UCCAGAGGCGGAGUCUGGUUGGGGACGGGGAAGAGCAGGUCCCGUUCACGCCUCGGCCGCGUCCGUGCUGCUGCUGCCGGGAGCCGCGGGGCGGUGCGGCCGGGAGAGCAAGCCCGGGAGAGCGGCAUUCCCGUGUUCCUGCUGCGGAAGUGACGCGCUCCGGGCGCGCCCCGCCAGCGCCGCCGAGGGUUCCUGUGGCGGGGCGAGAUGGCGGCGCCCGGAGCCCCGGUGACCGUCACCGUCACUUACAGUAAUGAAAAGCACAGUAUUCAAGUUGCUUCCCAACGAGAAGAUGGUGAACCUACACUACAAGACAUGGCUGUACUUAUUGAACAAGUCACUGGAGUUCCAGUUCCUUUUCAGAAACUGAUAUACAAAGGAAAGUCUCUGAAAGAAUUGGAACAACCAUUAUCAGCACUUGGUGUUAAAAAUGGUUGCAAAGUCAUGUUGAUUGGGAAAAGGAAUAGUCCAGAAGAAGAGGCUGAAUUAAAGAAGUUAAAAGAUUUGGAGAAGUCAGUGGAGCAAAUAGCUAAUAAGUUAGAGGAAGUUAAUAAAGAGUUCACAAGUAUCCAGAAGGGAUUUUUAGCAAAGGAUCUCCAAGCAGAAGCACUAAAACAGCUGGACAAGAGGAUAAAAGGAACUGCAGAGCAGUUCAUGAAGACCCUUGAACAGAUUGAUGCCAUUAAUCUGCCAGAGAAUUUCAGUGACUGCAAACUGAAAAAGAAGGGGUUAGUGAAGAGGGUCCAGGUUUUUCUUGCCCAGUGUGAUACCAUUGAAGGGAACAUUGGCCAAGAAAUGGACAAGCUGCAGUCAAAGAAUUUGGCACUGGCAGAAUGAGGCAUCGCCUUACAUCAUUAGGAAACAUAAUUGCUCUAUGAGCAAGAAGAAAAGUUUGCUCUUUGUUUUGGAGCACAUAUCCAGCUUCCUUUUUUUUUCCCCUCAAAGCCCAGUCUGUUAGACUGGCACCAGUCAAUCAUUUCUUGCUGGUUGUCUUGUUUGCCGCUUGGUUAGAACUAUUAUUUUGAAAAGAAAUCCUUCUGAAGAAUGUCUGAGCUAAUCUUUGUGAAUUGUGUAUCUUAUGGACAAUAAGAUAGUUUAGUUAACUAAAUUAUGAAGUUUUCAGUGGUGGGCAAUUUUGUCUGAUACAUCUUUGAAUUUAUUUACAGCUCAAAUCAAAGAAGGUCUAUAAUUGUACAAGUGCCAUAAGUUGCAGUUGUAGGACUACAGCUAGAUUGAAAAAGGCAAACUGAGACAACAUCUGGGAAAGCUGAACAUUCUAGUAGACAGUUCAGAGCAAUAAAAAACCCCUACACAUUUGUAUCUACUUAAUGUUUGUAUGCAUUUAUAAAUAUAAGAAAGCUUGACUAUAAGGGAGACGUACCUAUUUUAGCCUUAAACUGUCAUAAUAAAUGGAAUGUACUGUAACAUGUAUGGUACUUAAUUUUGAGUGGUGCUUUAAGUUGUUACUGAGCUCCUUGAUACAGAUGUAUGUUUUUUACACAGAUUUCUGAUGUACUGUGGUUUUUAUAGAUUAUUUGUAUUUUUAUUAUUUGUGUUCUGUCUUGAGUUGAGAAAUGAAAUGAGAUUACUCAUGCUGCUCAAAUACCAAGGGUUCAGUUCAAGCAAGGUAUAACUGAGGAGCUAUUUUGAAAGGUUUUUUUUAUACUUUUUUCUGAAUUUACUGAAUUCAUGAUGCUAUAUUUAAUGGGAAAAUGCAGUGAUUAUUCCAGUCUGUUAAGGCGACAGUGAAUUUUUAUAACAUAUUGCAAAGAGACACAGGUUUAUUUUAGCAAUGCCAUCUGUGUGAGGGUUAUGGCUGAGUCUUGCAGUCACAUAUGUACCAUGCUUAACCUUCUCUGCUAGGUGAGAAGUCAGCUUUUGCAGGAGACACAAACUUUGAGUGGGUGCAGCCAACUUUGCAGUGGUUGCUCAGAGGUUCUGAGGAGAGUGUGGAGCAUGUCAGCCUGUAGGUAACAUAAAUGGACAGGAGCUGCUUUGUCACUGAUGCUCCUCAUUUGAGGUCAGCCUGAUACACAACGACUAGCGAAGCAGGGACUGGGAAGGAGCCUCUUUCUGUGCAAGAAAUAAACUCUUCAUCCCAAAUGAGUCAGACUGAGAAUGUUUAGAAUUGGCCCUUAGGUAGUGAGGCAUUAUCCAUAUGUUUUAUGGUUAGCUGUCCUUUCAAGAUUAAAAUAGAAAAUGUAUGUAAAAAGAUCUUAACUUGUGAUAAAUUAUAAAGCUUAAAUAAUACCUGAAGUGUUAUUAUUACAGUAUUGUCUUUGAUGUUCGUAAUUGGAGGAACAUUUUUUUUUAGUGAAAAAUGCCAUUGAAAGUGAAUGAAGUGAUAGCUGUGCAUUACAAAGGGUCACUUAUAUUCUAAAAAUGCUGGUUGACCAUACCAAGAUUUGAAUUGCCAUGUUUUUUGCUGUUAACCAGUUACUCCAAGUUUCUAUUUUUUCCUUAUGAAAUUCUCUUAUCAGCAUCUGUGGAGGAUUUCAUAGUCUAAACUCAUAGGAACCUUAUCUAUCAUGUUAGGGUUUGGUAUGGUAGGACUGUGGAAGAUUUUUCCCUAGGCUAACUAGUCUGUCAUGCUGCAUUUCCCCAGCACUUUAGGGUUAAGAGGAGGAAGCAUCAGUUUUAGUCAUUUUUGUGAAGCCCUGCCUAUCCUGUGGCUGCUUCUGGACCAGAUUCAGCUGACUCUUAAACCACCAGCAACACUUGCCUAAUUCAAGGAAUGCAAAAUCAACCCCUUUCCUAUGAUGGAAAGGAUCCUCACCCUCCCAAAUGUGGGCUGUCUAACACAUUGAGCUUUCACAGGUGCACGUACAAUAAGCAAGAACCCCCCUGUGCCCAUGGAGAGAACUGAGAGCUGUGGCCAUGGCCAGGACUGUGUCCAUUUCUGCUGUUCCUGUGUAGAUUUCUCUCUUGGGUGAGAACAUUUACAGGCAGACAUUGUCUUCCCAACAGUCUUUCCCAGAAAUUGCUGCUUCCUUAGAUGUGCUUGUGUGCAUACAUCCUCAGCCUGUCUCAGAGCAAGGUGGAUUAACUUCAGGAUGUUCCACAGCAGAUCUUUUGAGGGUCUGGUACUUUGAGGCAAAGAGAGUGAUGGUGAACCUCUCCCACCAGCACAUCUGUAUUCAGCAGAGGGUGGGUGUCCUGAGCCACAUUUACCUUGCAGGGCUAAGCGGUUUGGUCUCUAGGACAGAAGUAUGUGUAUGAAGACCAAUUUCUGCAGUAUAAAUUGUUUUGUCUUCCAAAUAUAAAAAUGAGCUGAUUUGUUUUGGAAAACAGAUGGUUGUAUUUAGAGUUAUCCAAGACAUUCUAGAGUGAAUUGACUUUUAUACUUAGUUUUGGAGAGGGGAGUCAAAAGCAUUUUUUUGUCAGAAUAGCCUUAAAUUCAGUAAAAGCCAGCAUCUGUGCUUUUCAAAAGUGCAGCAGACUGCAAUUGUGGGAGGAAGGGCAAGGAAGAUGUGAUUUUAAAUAUAUUCUUCAGAGUUUGUAAAUAUAAAUAAUCAAGCUUAAGCUAUAUUCUCACUGAUUCUGUAGUUCAGGUGUACUGUGAUACCUGUUUCGCUACUGAUCGUUUCCUCAGCCCAACAAUCUGCCAUGAUUGUGUCAAAACAGAAGUUACUUCCUUUUGCCUUAGUUGCACUUAUCCCAUCAUCUUCCUCCAGUUGCUGUGUUGCUCUGGCUGUGUUUACAGACCUUGGAUUUGCCAUCCUGGCAAAAUGUACCAUAGGAUUUGUCUUUUAUCAAAAUGGAAAUUGAAUUGCACACGCCCUUGGCCCGUUUUCUCUCCCAGAUCCCGUGGGCUGGUGUGAGAAGAACUAAACCCGACUCAGGGAAAUGAGGAGUCUGGAGCCAUGGGAUGAGUUGCUCUCUGGAAACAGCACAAAAUUAUAGUGGCAUCCUCCAUGACUAAGUCCUCUGGAAGGUAAUGUCACUGUAAGCCUGGAGCAACACUUUUUGACUUCUAAUGGACGCUCAUGGUUUGGAGUGGAGCACUUGACACCGUGGAAGUUGGCACUAGAUUUUUUUUUCCUUUUUUUGGUUAACUCACGUUAUUGUACUGUGAUAAAUGAAAAGAUAAAAAUAAAACAUGGAAAGUUCUCUGUCAUCCUUGGUCAUAUUGUAGUCACUAAAUUCUGUACUUGGGCUGUAUUUUAGUGGAGAAGGCACACAGGGCACUCUGCAGGGCAGC